AUGUUCCUAACUAUAGGACUGAGUACAUAUGAGAACGAUCAUGGUGUCGAUCCAAGGCCGAGUAUUAGAAGGCAUCUUCUUGAGGCAACAAAAGCAGAACCAGAACAGAAUUCAUCCCUGAUAUUGGCUGCAGAGAGUACACACAGAAAAGACCCUCUUGAUGGUUUCAAUUAUUACAAGGGUGGAUGGAAUAUUAGUGAAAGACAUUACUUCUCUUCUGUUGGGUUUACUGCCGCUCCUUUGUUCGUACUCGCCGCAGCCUGGUUCCUAGGAUUUGGUGUGUGCAUGCUGGUUAUUGGUCUUUGCCACUGCUGCUUCCAACGUCAACAUUCUGGCUAUUCUCGAACUGCAUAUGCGCUUUCCCUCAUAUUUCUCCUUCUCUUCACCAUUACUUCAAUAAUUGGAUGCGCUAUUCUGUAUAUGGGACAAGGGAAGUUCCACAAAGAGACGUCAAACACUUUGGACUAUGUUGUUCGGCAAGCAGACUCCGUUGUCAAGAGUCUUGGAAGUGUGUCGUAUUAUCUUGAUGAUGCUAAGGAUGUUAGAAUCGCUCAGAUUUUCUUACCUUCUGAUAGUCAGGAAAGCAUUGACAGUGUUGAAAAUAAGAUCAACGCUUCUUCUGCUCGUCUAGAACAGGCAACGAAGGACAAUUCAGAUGACAUACAGCGAGUUUUAGAUUCUGUGAGUUUGAGUCUAGUUAUAAUUGCCGCAGUAAUGCUGCUGUUAGUUUUUUUUGGUUUCCUGUUUUCAGUUCUGGGUAUGCGACGUCUUGUGUAUACAUUGGUGGUGAUAGGGUGGAUCCUCGUCACGGUUACAUUUAUUCUUGGCGGCAUAUUUCUUCUUCUUCACAAUGUAGUAGGAGAUACCUGUGUUGCAAUGGACGAAUGGGUUCAGAACCCAACGGCCGAUUCAGCUUUGGACGACAUUCUUCCCUGCGUAGACAAUGCAACUGCCCAAGAAACGCUGCGAGAGAGCAAAGAUGUCACGCUCCAAUUGGUGGAUCUUGUUAAUCAGUUCAUAACCAAUAUCUCCAACUUUAAUCUAAGGCCAGUCCCACCUGAGACAUCGCCAUUAAUUUUCUUCAAUCAAUCCGGUUCACUGGUGCCUGUUCUGUGUAAUCCCUUUCAUUCCAAUAUCACAGACCGCAAAUGUUCUGAUGGUGAAGUCAACUUCGGCAAUGCUGGGCAGGAAUGGAAAAGUUACGUUUGCCAAGUUUCGGAAGCUGGCAUUUGCACCACCGUGGGCCGGUUGACGCCGCCUUAUUACGACCAGUUAACGGCCAUCUCUAGUCUGGCCUCUGUACUGUAUAAUUACGGGCCUUUUCUUGUCGAGCUCGGAGACUGCACUUUUGUUCGGAGAACCUUCAGAAAUAUCAGUGUGGACCACUGUUCAGGCCUGAGGAGGAACAGUAGAUUGGUUGUGAUUGGCCUAGUUUUGGUUUCAUCUGGGGUUAUGCUUUCUUUAAUCUUUUGGCUUUUGUUUGCAAGAGAGAAGAAGUACCGGGGUUAUGUUAAACACUUUGAAUCUGCCUCUUAG